ACGUCGGGCUACUCUUUCCUCUCCAUCUCCACCAUUUUGGUUGGCAGUGAUGGAGCACAUCCGGACGCCCAAGGUGGAAAAUGUGCGUCUCCUGGACCGGUCGUCAGGCCAGAGGAAGGCCAGCGUCGGGACUCUCUACCUUUCCGCCACGCACACCAUCUUUGUAGAAAACAACCCCGAAACACGCAAGGAGACCUGGGUGUUGCACAGCAUGGUGAGCAGUGUGGAUAGAGCCCCGACGUCACCGGCAGGAAGUCAGCUGAUGCUGCGCUGUAAGGACUUCCGGAUCUUCCAGCUCCUCAUCCCGCAGGAGAGAGACUGUAUGGAUGUCCACUCCUCAUUGGUCAGGUUGUCACGACCAGAGAAGUACAGUGAGCUGUACUGCCUGUCCUUCAAUCCCAAUGUGAACAAGGAGGAGAGAGAAGAAUCGUGGAACUUCUUGGACCUCACGGCCGACUACAAGAGGAUGGGAGUUCCUAAUAACCUGUGGGUUGCUACGGCAGCCAACAGUGAAUACAGGGUGUGUGAUACGUACCCGUCAGAGCUGUUUGUCCCAAAGUCGGCCACACCCGCCAUCAUCGUGGGCAGCUCGAGGUUCAGGAGUCGAGGACGAUUUCCUGCUCUGUCCUAUUUCCACCAGGACACACUGGCUGCAGUGUGUCGGUGUAGUCAGCCUCUGUCAGGCUUCAGUGGACGCUGUCAGGAGGAUGAGAUAAUGCUGCAAGCUGUGAUGAAGUCCAACCCUGGUAGUGACUACAUCUAUGUGGUGGAUACCAGGCCCAAGCUGAACGCCAUGGCAAACCGAGCAGCAGGUAAAGGAUACGAGAACGAAGACCACUACACCAACAUCAAGCUGCAGUUCAUCGGCAUCGAAAACAUUCACGUGAUGAGGAGCAGCCAGCAGAAAAUCAUCGACGUGGGCGAGAUGCGAGCUCCAUCAAUGACUGACUUCCUGUGGGGUCUGGAGAACUCUGGUUGGCUCAAACACAUUAAAGCCAUCGUGGAUGCCGGGGUCUUCAUAGCCAGGGCGGUGGCAGAUGAAGGGAUCAGUGUGUUGGUUCACUGUUCAGACGGCUGGGACAGAACAGCACAGGCCUGCUCCGUAGCCAGUAUACUGCUGGACCCAUACUACAGAACCAUGAAAGGACUCAUGAUGCUGAUAGAGAGAGACUGGGUUUCCUUUGGACACAAGUUCUCCCACAGGUACGCUCACCUGGACGGAGAUCCCAAAGAGGUAUCCCCGGUCAUCGAUCAGUUCCUGGAGUGUGUGUGGCAGCUGUCAGAGCAGUUCCCAUGUGCCUUCGAGUUCAACGAGCGCUUCCUCAUCGCCAUACACACACAGGUCUACUCCUGCCAGUACGGAACCUUCCUGGGAAACUGCCAGAAAGAGCGCAGGGAUAUGAGACUCUGUGAGCGGAGUCACUCUGUGUGGCCCCAGCUGUGGAAGGACAGAGCAGAGUUCGCCAACCCUCUGUACAAGGCGGAGCUGAGCCAGACUCAGGGCGUCCUGAGACCCAACACCACCCCCUACUGCUUCAAAAUGUGGAAGGGUCUCUACAACCACGCGGAGAAGUCGACGCCUCCCCGCCAGUCGCCCGCCGACUUCCUGUCUGCCGUGAGAGAGGAGUCCCAGCAGCUGGAGGAGGAGCUGACCAAUAACCAGGAGAGGAUAGCAGCCCUGACAGGGAAGCCAAUCACGUGGGAGAAGAUCGAGGUUCCGCGGAGGAGGAUUAGCCAGCUGCGGCACAGACACUGCGGGCCGGACCCGCCCACCACUUACACAGACCCAAUCACCAGCCCUGCACAGGACAACGGUCACGCACUCUCCUCCAAACCAGCCAACCAGAAGGCUCAGACGAAGGACCCCGCCCUCACCCUGCCUCUAGGGCCCAACCAGCUCAAGAGCCACGACCCCGACGACCUCUCCACCUGCAGCGACCUGGAGUCGGGCGUGGCCGACCUCAGCAGCCGCUCGUCCAGCGGCGGGGACGACGGCAAGGACCCGUACCCGGACGAGGCCGCCUUCACAACCGCCUGACAGGAAUAACACAGCUUGGAAAUCACUCCUGUAGAUCCCCAAACAUAUUUAUUCCAACAUCUAUCGGGGAGCAGAGGAGACUGUGAUGAGUAAAAUCGUUGAAAGACAGUCGUAUUUUAUCUCUUUGUUUUUUUAGUCUGUGUAUAAAAGGGAGUCACGGUAAUUUAAGGAGA